AUGAAAAAAUUAUUAGAGAAAUAUAUUAUUUUAAUAUAAUCAUAGGUUGGUGAUGAAAAAUAAAGAUCUAAAUAUUUAAAGUUAUUAGAAGCAUUUUUAGCAAAAGAAUUAUAAAAUGAAAGAAAGAAGAUAAAGAUAGGUAUUAAUUUAAAUUAUAUUUAGGGAAGAGUAAAAUUAAAAUACUAUCUAAAGACUUGGAAAUUCUAUUCAUAAAUUAUAAGAAAUUUUAACUAAUGAAAAGAAAUAAAGAAAAUAAGCUCAAGGUCAAAUGA